AUGUCCAGAAGAAACUACACUGAAGUGACAGAAUUUAUUCUCUUGGGCCUAACAAGUCGUCCAGGGUUGCAAGUUGCUUUUUUUGUGCUGUUCCUCAUGGUCUACAUAGUCACUGUGAUAGGAAAUGUGGGCAUGAUUGUUUUAAUCAAAAUUGAUUCUCGACUCCACACUCCCAUGUACUUCUUCCUCUCAAGCCUGUCUGUUCUAGAUCUGUGUUUCUCCACAAAUGUCACCCCCAAAAUGCUAGAAAAUUUCUUAUCAGAGAAGAAGACCAUCUCAUAUGCAGGUUGCUUGGUGCAGUGCUAUAUCGUCAUUGCUGUGGUCCUCACAGAGCACUGCAUGUUGGCUGUCAUGGCAUAUGACCGCUACAUGGCUAUCUGCAAUCCACUGCUCUAUAGUAGCAGGAUGUCCAAGAGUGUCUGCAUCCGCCUGGUCAUUGUCCCUUAUGUCUAUGGCUUCCUCCUUAGCGUGAUGGAGACCUUGAGGACCUACAACCUCUCUUUCUGUGGUGCUAAUGAAAUUAAUCAUUUCUACUGUGCUGAUCCCCCUCUUAUCAAACUGGCAUGUUCUGACACCUAUAGCAAAGAGCUAUCGAUGUACAUAGUCGCUGGCUACAGCAAUGUCCAGUCCCUCCUGAUCAUUCUCACAUCCUACAUGUUCAUCCUUGUCGCCAUCCUUAGAAGCCGUUCUGCAGAAGGAAGAAAAAAAGCUUUCUCCACAUGUGGCUCCCACCUGACAGUGGUCACAAUCUUCUAUGGAACCCUCUUCUGCAUGCAUUUGAGACGUCCCACAGAGGAGUCGGUGGAACAGGGCAAAAUGGUGGCUGUGUUUUACACCACAGUGAUCCCCAUGCUGAACCCCAUGAUCUAUGGCCUCAGGAACAAGGAUGUGAAAGAGGCAUUGAGAAAAGAACUGUCAUUAAAAAUAUUUCUAGACAUAGCUAGAUAUGAUAUUAUUGGAUGGCUUGCAUUCCUACAGUCACUUUAUGAUGCACAAUGGCUGCUCUGCAGCCAGCCCACAUGUGCAAAUGAUUCAGAUGUUCUAAAUGUUCUAUACAACAUGUUUUCUCAGAUAGUUGGGGCCAACUUAAUCAUAUUCUCUAAUCUCCCUGCAAGAAAGUUCAGGAAAUUUUUAUUCCAGAACACCGUGUCAGGCUAA